UGAAGAAUCAGGCAGAAAUAGGUAGGGCUGGGUCCGUGCGCGGUGCGGGACAGGGAGACCGAAACGCUGCUGCUGCAGAUCAUCAGCAUGAACGAGCCACAGGAAACUCGCUACGGGAAAAGCAGCAUCGAUGGUGGUGGUGGCAUCGGCGGCGGGAUCAGCUUCAUCGGGGCGGACGGGUCGGUGCUCGACAAGCUGCCCUCGGGCAUGGAGGCGGUCAUGGACCCGGACGCAAUCUGCUCUCUCGAUUACAGCCUGGCUAGCCUGACAAGCCUGUCCCCCCCGCUGGGCGAGGGUCAAUACCAGCAGGACGGGGGGGGCUCUUGGCAACCGCGGUCAUCGACUGCGGACGAUGGGCGGCCACCGACUGCUACCGCUACCGCUGGGACAACAGGCGCUGCCACCGCGAGAACGACAACGGCAGCAGCAGCAGCAGCAGCAGCGGGGGCGAAGCGGGCGAGGGAAGAGGCGGGAAGAGCGUCGAGCGAAAGAAUAGCGUCGUCCGGACCGAACCGCCACAAUAGAGAGUCUCGAGAUCGCGACGACGACACCACCGGCAGAAGCGGUGGCGUGGAAGCGGGCGAGACCAGCGGUAGAGGUGCCGCCGGGUGCGGCCAUCACUCGAUGGCUGCGAAGGCGCGGGGGGGCAAGAAGAGAAGAAAGCGGGCAGAUGAUGCGGGCGACGGGGACGGGGAUGGCGACCGUGAUGAUCCCGACUUUGACGGCAAGGGGGGGAAGGCCGCUGGCGGGGAGGUUGAGGACGCCAACGAGAACCCCAAGCAGAGAGCCAACCGGGUCAGGAACCGCGAGCACGCGCGAAACACACGCAUGCGCAAGAAGCAGUACGUGGAGAGCCUGAAGCUGCAGGUCGGGGAGAUGUUGCAGGCUAAGGCGCAGGAAGAGAGGGACGCCCAGCUCGAAACAUCCAAGAUCUCGGCGAAGAGAACCGCAAUGCGACAGAUGGUUCUCAACAUCUUGUACCUCAAGGCUACCGAAGAGCUAUCGCCGCGGUCGUGGGCGUGCGUCCUUGACGACGGCUUCACCUGUGUCUGUCCCAUCACUCCUUUCAGGUCCUUCCCCCCCUCGGAGGCACAGGAAGACCACCGGCUGAUCACGGGCAUCGAAGGAAUGAUUCAGGACACGGCGUCUCUGGCGGUGUUCAUCAAGUCCAUUUGCCCCCGCUCCAGGAACCCGACAGGCCGAAAGCUCAAGUAUCAGUUCUACACGUCGCCGGAGGAUACCGUGGUCGGGUCAAACGCGCUCAUGUGCCAGUGGCUGAUGAAGACGGAUAACGCCACCGAGUGCGGGGCGCUGUGCGACGUGUUCAGCCACGGGAUGCUCCGAGCCCACUUCUCCCCGGACAACCGCAUCAAGCGCCUGGAGAUAGUCUUCGACGUCAUGAGCCUGAUGCAGCAGCUGCAGCGGGCGGUAGGCCAGGGGGAGCUGCGGAUGGUACCGAACACGCUGGCGCUGGCGACCCAGCCGUCGCAGCAAGCGCGGUUGGUGCUUUCGGCCGUGCCGCCGUACGGGAUCACGCACACCAACGAGGCGUGGACGGCGUUGAUGGGGCACACCGCCGAGGAGGCUAAGAUGUUCCCCUUCACCCUCAUGAACGGUCCCGCCGAGGCAAACAACGGGGACGCCCUGGAGACGCUUGUGCAGACCUGCAUCGGGUCCAACGUGAAGAGGGCGGAGAUGGUGGACCUUAGCGUUGUGACGAGAGACUUGCGGCGAUUGGCGGUGGCCGUCCAGGCCUACCCCUUGGGAACUCCGGAUGGCGCGACCACCCACCUGCUGCUCGUCAUGGAAGAAAUCCCGGUCUGCACGCCUUUGCCACAAACAGGCCUGGAUCUCUAUCCGUUCGUCUGAGAGAGGAGAACGCCAAUAGGGACGGAAUGGCAGUUUGACCGCGUGGAGGCGUCAACGCUCACCUGAUGCCGCACCACUGUUGCGUCUGUUACCUUCAUAGAGGUGCUGUUUGGAUUGUGCCGAGGCUAUUGUAUCUUGUUUAGGUCUCGGGGUUACCUCGACAUGUGUUGCUCCGUUUCUCAGUGCUGGGAUGGGUGUCAUGUAGUGUGAUCGAAUCGGCAGGUCAGAGUUCAGAAAAAACGAAAAAGAACGAACCCCGGGAUCACACCAAUGUAUCUCUCUGGGUUCAAGUGUGUUGUUGUCAUUUCGUGGUGUUGUGUUUUAGGUUCUCUUCUUGCUUGUAGGCUUUCCAUUUGUCGUAGUUUAGCGUGUUUGAGCGCACAGAUAGAUCCAACCUCGUUAUAUUUUGUGGUGCCGUUGGCUCCCCGCACGUUUGGUUCUUCGUAAGCUGAUGAGCUGGAUGCCGGGGUCACGAUGCGAUGUAUGCCUCCUUCUCUUUGAGGGCAAGCCUUCCUGUGGAACUAUAGGUACGCAACGACCUCCGCUUCGGCAGGACUCCAUAGCCGUUAGAAGGUCGAAUGAAGGUCUUGGGGUAUACCAACUGAAGCUGCCGGUUCCCAGCGGUGGCCUAGAAUAGCUACCGCGUUCAUUUCGAGGCGCAUUCAAGUAGAGGAGUACAAGCACCGCCUUUGGGAUGUUGUACAAGGGCGUGUUUUUUCUUGCGGUCGGCGGUGAGCUGAUUGGAAGACGUGCCAAGUACGAAUACGAGUAACAAGGAAAUGGGUCACUGCCGUUUGCUCAGACGCUCACGCCAGGGAUGCGUGCUAUGUAGAUUAUUGGGCGGACGCUUGCCACCUUGCCUUUUAGUGGCUGUGCGACAGGGCGGGUAGCGAAUGAAACGAUGUUGCUUUAUAUCAGAUGAUGGACAAGCAGCUGUGUUUGUGGGCUGGAGAAUAUGUUGGGACAAUAAGUAUGAAACGCGAAUCCUUUCUGUUGUUCACGAAGACAGGCGAGGAUGCUGAGUGUUCUGGUGAAUUCGGCCUCAUGGCAAUAUGUAGGUGUUCAAACGCAAGUUCGCAGGAUUGCUGCACUUACCUAAUCAGUGCUCUCGGUUUGGAGAAUCACGUUGCCUCUUUGGCACAAAGAUUUCGUAUAACACACUUGCUAGAAGUGCUCUUUGAGGGGGGAGGAAUUGUUCUUCUUGAGAGUAGCAAAGUGGACUAUUUGGUCAUGCCAUACAAGAGUUGCUGUGGGAUCUCCGAAAAAGGCCCCCAGGUACAUGACGGUAUGUUUGCAGGCUCUGACGUCAAUCGGUUUUUGAGAGUAUUGAGAGGAGAGAGGGUCAACCUGAGCGCAGAACUGCCUUCAAUCAUGUGAGGCGUUGGUAAACGUGCGUUGUCGGGGACUAUCGGGAAAUUAGUAGCGCACUGGGCAGAGAGAAAAAGCAUUUGUGGCACGCAGUUGGCUGACUGGUAAAAAAAAACUGCGGAUAAAGAGCAAAUAAGUAUGGUGCAGCUGAGGUCGCAUCUAAUGGGCGGUUGGCAAGUCCUGGUGGAAUUAAAAAGGGCGUAUGGAAGCAAGCGUAUCUAGCUCCAGGUACUUUGAGAGUGAUGUGUAGAGUGACAGGGUUUGUUUGUAGCCAGCUAUGAGAGACAGGGAUAUGAGGGGGCGCUGUUUUCUGAUACGGUAGAGAGGUUAUUCGGUCGAGAAAACCGCGUCUUGGCCGAAGAUCCUCGGAUGAUGGCCUUUUUUUUUGGGAUCAUUGACUGUCGCUUCUGCUGUGGCAUGUUCGAAAACGAUUUUGCGUUCAAUCGGCAAUAGGACUGACGUGGACGUACGAACGUGUUUGGGAGGGGGGAUGCUUGGACCUCGAUGUGUUCAUUUUUUUAACGGAAAGAUCAUGCGCAUGCGUAUAUUUGCUUGGAACAUGGGCUUUGACCAUAAGGUUUUAACACUAAACUCAGUGUCCCCUCCGUAGAGACCGCUACAGAAUAGCAUCAAGAAGACUUGACCAAGUUGAAAACGUAUUCAUGUGAAGUAUUCGGCUGGCCGGAAUGGAUGACGUUGACACUCGCGAACAAAAUCGUUUUCU